AUGACGACGCUAGCUCCGCGGAUAUCUCGAGCUGCUGCUCCUUCCAUAGGCAGAUUUGCCCGCGCCACGCCGCGAGCGAUGCCGGCAUGCAGCCUUGCCGCCGCUAGGGCGACGGGAUCGGCGGCCUGCAGGUUGCCUACCGGAGAUCGGCCAGCACAUAGAUCCUUCCAUAACACUACUGUACUCGGUUCUAAGCGAGAGCCGGUUCAGGGAAGCCCAUCGGUAUUGCCCGAAUUCGAUUUGAGGGGCAAGGUUAUUGUCGUCUCGGGUGGAGCACAAGGACUCGGCCUCGUACAAGCCGAAGCUCUUCUAGAAGCAGGCGCUACAGUGCACGUCUAUGACAGACAACCCGAACCAAAUUCAAGCUCGAAAUAUGACAAAGUAGCACGUCGAGCUAAAGAGGAGCUAGGCACCUCAAUGCACUACCAUCAGGUCGACGUGCUAGAUGGUGCCGCGAACCUCCAGAAGAUUACUGGAGAUGUCUUCGAGAAGGAGGGCCACAUUGAUGGCCUAAUCGCAGCAGCCGGUAUCCAGCAGGAAACUCCGGCUCUAGAUUAUACGGCGGAGGAUUCAAACCGUAUGUUAGGAGUCAACGUUACCGGCGUGUUGAUGACGGCGCAGGCCGUGGCAAAAUACAUGUACGAGAACGACACUCCCGGAAGCAUCGUUCUAAUCGCUAGUAUGAGCGGUAGUAUCGCAAACCGCGGCCUAAUCUGCCCGGUAUAUAACGCCUCCAAGGCUGCUGUACUCCAACUUAGUCGUAACUUAGCCAUGGAAUGGGGAGUCAAGAACAUCCGCGUGAACACCAUUUCGCCGGGCUAUAUCGUGACGGAAAUGGUCCAGAAACUGUUCGAGAAGUUCCCGGACCGAGGUGUUGAGUGGCCCAAGCAGAAUAUGCUAAACAAGCUGAGCAAACCGGAGGACUACCGCGGCGCGGCCGUGUUCCUGCUCAGUGACGCUAGCCGCUUCAUGACUGGAGCCGACUUACGUAUCGAUGGCGGGCACUCCGCUUGGUAG